UAAAUAGUACUCAUCUUGGUAACCCUCCUGCUAUCCUUGUCUACAAUCGUUAAUCGAUGGAGUCAUUAGUAGCCAACUACGACUCUUCAGACGAAGAAGACGAAGCGAAGCAACCUUCUUCAGAUUCUAAUUACAGGGCUUACUCUCUCUUCUCCGCUCUCCCUAAACCCGCACAACCCACAAACGCCCCUCUCUCCGAUGACGAAGAAAUCCGCAAAUCAGAUAAACGUAAACCGUCCUCUCUUUUCUCUUUUCUUCCUAAACCCAAAUCACAAGACUCGGAGGAAUCUGUCUCUAAUCCCUCACCCUCAGAACCAAAACCCAAGAGGGUUGUUCAAUUCAAGCCUCCUAUGAUUCCCUCUUCAGCAAAGUUUACGAAUUUCGAAGAAGAUGAAGACGAAGAAGAUGAGAACCUAAAACAGCGUAAGAGACGCCAAGAACCUGUGCAAACUUUGUCGGUGAAGUCCUUCUUGUCGAACAUACCGGCGCCAAGGAAUUCUACAACCUUGGGUGCUCUACCAUCGGCCUUGGGUUCUGGCCGGAGAGCCAUGGUGGAGACGGAAGCAGUGGAUUUGACUUCGCAUGAAUCAGUUAUGGAUCAGAGCGUUGGAAAUCAAGUGAAUUAUGGAAAUCAAGAUGAUGUUGGCCAUCAAAAUGAAGGGAAUUAUAUGAAUCAUGCUACUACUUAUGAUGAGAGCUAUAUAUCAAGUACUGAUCAAUAUUCUGGCAAUGGCGAGGCUUCAAGCUAUUGGGGCCACGAGAGCUAUGGUAGUUAUGGUAGUUAUGGAAAUCAUGCUGAUUCGGGGCAGUAUGAGAAUAACUGGGUAGAUGGCUCCAUAGCAAUGGUGACACAGGCUACAGGAGUAAGUGAAACUGCAGUGCUAGUGCCGGGGAAGAGGAGGAAGAAUGAGGUUCCAACUGAAAUGGUGGAGGUGAAGCAAGAUGAGUUAAUGAAGAAUCGGCCCAGAGCAGACCAGGUCAAGUUAACUGGAAUAGCUUUUGGGCCUUCUUACCAGCCUACUUCAACCAAGGGAAAGCCUACAAAACUUCACAAAAGGAAGCAUCAAAUUGGUUCACUAUUCUAUGACAUGAAACAAAAGGAGACGGAAUUGGCAGAGCGACGGGCCAAAGGUUUCCUAACCAAGGCUGAAACACAAGCGAAAUAUGGGUGGUGAUUUCUUCUUAAAAUUCUUCACUGAGACUUCAUAGAUGUUCCCAAUCGAGGUUUAUCUUCCUUCGAGAGACUGUAAUAUGGAUGUUGUGCAUGUUACUAAAAUUUGAGAUUCAUUUUAUGGUUCUACUGAACCCUCGAACUCAGUUCAAAAUGAACGUUGUGUUUACUCGCUAUUUUCUUAAAGACUUUCGAUCGUUCCCUGCUCAA